AUGGAAAGUGUCAACCAGACCAUCUCUGUGACAGAGUUUAUUCUCCUGGGCCUCUCAGACCACCCAAAGCUAGAGAAAACGUUCUUUGUGCUCAUCUUCCUGAUGUAUAUAGUGAUCCUGCUGGGCAAUGGGGUCCUCAUCCUGGUGACCAUCCUUGACUCCCGCCUGCACACGCCCAUGUACUUCUUCCUGGGGAACCUCUCCUUCCUGGACAUCUGCUACACAACGUCCUCAGUCCCCCUCAUUCUCGACAGCUUCCUGACCCCCAGGAAAACCAUCUCCUUCUCCGCCUGUGCCGUGCAGAUGUUUCUUUCCUUUGCCAUGGGAGCCACAGAAUGUGUGCUCCUGGGUAUGAUGGCAUUUGAUCGCUAUGUGGCCGUCUGUAACCCCCUUAGGUAUCCUGUGGUCAUGAGCAAGGCUGCCUAUGUGCCCAUGGCUGUCAGCUCCUGGGCAGCUGGAAGCAUGACUGCCAUGGUGCAAACAUCCUUAGCAAUGCGACUGCCCUUCUGUGGGGACAAUGUCAUCAACCACUUCACCUGUGAGAUCCUGGCUGUCCUGAAGUUGGCCUGUGCUGACAUCUCCAUCAAUGUGAUCAGUAUGGCAGUGGCCAAUGUCAUCUUCCUGGGCAUUCCAGUUCUGUUCAUUUUCGUCUCCUAUGUGUUCAUCACUGCUACCAUCCUGAAGAUCCCCUCAGCUGAGGGGGAGGAAAAGGCCUUCUCCACUUGUUCUGCCCACUUCACAGUCUUGGUCAUCAUCUAUGGAACAAUCCUCUUCAUGUAUGGGAAGCCGAAGUCCAAGGACCCCCUGGGGGCGGACAAGCAGGAUGUUUCAGACAAGCUCACCUCCCUCUUCUAUGGGGUGGUGACCCCCAUGCUCAACCCCAUCAUCUACAGCCUCAGAAACAAGGAUGUGAAGGCUGCUGUGAAGAAUCUGGUAAGUCAGAAAUGCUUUACCCAGUGAUCUCUGGAGGACAAAUGUCCCUAUAGUUCUGUGCUCUUGGCUCUCGCACCCAGGAAUCUCAGAAGAAUGUGUCCCCAAAGAAGAGAUA